AUGGAUACAGCCAUGUCGGAAGAAGGAUAUCUGAAACGAAAAAACGACAUUUUCACAAAAGCUACACAUGGAGGAUUUGAUCCUGAACAAGAAUCAACUUGGCCGCUUGUACCUUCUAUUGCUGUUACCACAUCUUUUGAACAAAUAGAACCAGGAGAACAUAGGGCAAGCUUAGGAGCAACAACAGCCAUUGCGAGCAUACUAAGUGCUGGAGAUCAUAUCAUUGCUGGAGAUGAGAUGUAUGGGGGAACAGCAAGGUUAUUUAAAGAGGUAUUUGGGAAGUUUAAAGUUGAAACAACUAUAGUGGACACCCGAGACACUAAAAACAUCGAAAAUGCUAUAAAAUCCAACACAAAACUUGUGUGGGUAGAAACUCCAACAAAUCCCCUUCUCAAAGUCGUAGACAUAGCUAAAGUAGCAGACAUUGUUCAUAAACACAAAGAUAUCAUUUUAGUUGUUGAUAAUUCUUUUAUGACACCAUAUUUUCAGCAACCUCUAAACUUGGGAGCUGAUGUAUCAAUGCAUUCCCUGUCCAAAUAUAUGAAUGGUCACAUUGAUGUGGUUAUGGGAGCUAUUUCUACAAAUGAUUUUGAUUUAUAUGAAAAAUUACGAUACAAUCAACAUGCAAUGGGCUUAUCUCCUUCUCCAUUCGACUGUUACCAAGUAAAUCGUAGUUUGAAGACACUUCCGUUAAGAAUGGAACAUCACAUGAAAAGUAGCAUAGCAUUGGCCAAAUUUCUAGAAAAACAACCAAAAAUUGAAAAAGUAAUUCAUCCAGGUUUGCCAUCGCAUCCGCAACAUGACUUAAUGAAGAAGCAAUGCUUUGGAACAAGUGGUAUGAUAUCUUUUUACAUAAAAGGUGGAUUAAAAGAAACAAAGUUGUUUAUCAAAUCAUUGAAAUUGAUUAAAUUUGCUCCAAGUUUUGGUGGUUAUACAACAACGUUAUUAGUACCGUCUCUUAUGACCCACACAACGCUGCCUGAAAAAGUCAAACUUGAAUAUGGAAUUACUGACAAUUUAAUUCGCAUGACAGUGGGUUUUGAAUCUGUGGAUGACCUCAUUGCAGACGUCUCACAAGCACUCGAAAUAAUUAAAUAAUGAAAAACAUUUGUUUUGUUUUUUACUCUUGCAAUUGAACAUAUUUAAUAUUUGUAUUACUACAAAAAAUAAAUUAACAUAUUUUCCUUAAAAUUUCACGGACAAAUCCUAGUCAUCUCUCUUCACCCCAGACAUUAGGGAAAUAUGGAGGAAUACUGCCACCGUGCGUAUUCCACCAUCCAUGAUGUUCGGAUUCCCACUGAUACAAAAGUGACAAAACCCAGUGGAAGAAGGUAGGGACACUAGGAUCCAGGUCGUAUGUGUUUCCGUCAAGGUGUUUAUGCAUAGUUUCACAAUACUGAAAAAUAGCUGUUUCGAUUCAACUUCGUUGUACGUAAGGAGCGGUAAAUUAAUUUAGAGAUCCUCUAGGGUAGAACAAACAUGUGAUAAAUCUAUCGGGAAUAUC